GACGCAAAAAAAAAGUCAGUCAGUGUAAUGUAUUAAAUGACGUCGCAUCGUCUUAAGUCAGCUGCAAAAUGUUAGUUCACACACACGCUCGGUGGAGACGAAGCGGCAAAAAUGCUGUGCCACACAUUUUGUCUAGCUCUCGUUUCAAUUCGUUUCGUUUACGUUUGUUCUGUGCAUGCGGCUUACGACGACUGUCAAUCAAAAUUAUGAAUAACACACGGCGUUCGUCGUUUUGUUGGCGUUGGGUCAGCGCUCUGUUGUAUAUAGUUGGCCACCCUCACAAAACUAGAAUCAACGUGGCUGCAUUGAGCUUGGCUAGUUUUGUCAGUUGUCGUUUGUUGCUCUAGCAGUGCAAUUGACUCGCGAUAUCGUCUCUGACGCUCUGAGAAGGAUCUGCUCAAAAGGAUUAUUUACCUGCCAAGUAGCUCGAAAUGUCCGCUCGUGUCUUCAAAAGUUUUAUGCGCGACUUCUUUGCGGUCAAGUACGAUGAGCGUCGCGACAAUCCGGAAGCUACGCGCUUGGAUGGCAACGGUCGCUACUAUCCGAACUGUUCCUCGGAUGUCUGGCUGCGUUCCUGCGAGCGCGAGAUUGUCGAUCCCAUUGAGGGUCAUCACAGUGGCCACAUUCCCAGCUGGCUGAAUGGCAGCCUCUUGCGGAAUGGUCCCGGCAGCUGGAAGGUGGGCGACAUGACUUUCGGACACCUCUUUGACUGCUCGGCGCUGCUGCAUCGCUUUGCUAUUAAAGCGGGUCGCGUUACCUAUCAGAAUCGCUUUGUGGACACGCAAACACUGCAGAAGAAUCGAGCCGCGCAACGAAUCGUGAUUACAGAGUUUGGCACGGCGGCUGUUCCCGAUCCUUGUCACAGCAUCUUUGACAAGUUCAGCGCCAUGUUUCGAGCGGAUAGUGGAACGGAUAACUCGAUGAUAUCCAUUUAUCCCUUUGGCGAUCAGUAUUAUACUUUUACGGAGACACCCUUUAUGCAUCGCAUUAAUCCCUGCACCUUAGCCACUGAGGGACGUAUCUGCACCACGGACUAUGUGGGCGUCAUCAAUCACACAUCGCAUCCCCAUGUGCUGCCCAGCGGCACCGUCUACAAUUUGGGAACCAGCAUGACCAAAUCUGGUGCGGCUUACACAAUCAUUUGCUUUCCUCAUGGCCAGCAAAUGUUCGAGGAUGCGCACAUUGUGGCCACUCUGCCUUGUCGUUGGAAACUACAUCCUGGCUACAUGCACACUUUUGGCUUAACAGAGCACUACUUUGUGAUUGUGGAGCAGCCGCUUUCGGUUUCGCUGACAGAAUAUGUCAAAGCGCAGUUAUCAAAUCAGAAUCUCUCUGCCUGUCUUAAAUGGUACGAGGAUAAGCCAACGUUGUUCCAUUUGAUUGAACGCUCGACGGGAAAAUUGCUGCAGAGCUACGAAUCGGAGGCAUUUUUUUAUCUGCACAUCAUUAAUACCUAUGAACAGGAUGGUCAUGUGGUGGUCGAUAUCUGCAGCUACAAGAAUCCCGAGAUGAUUAAUUGUAUGUAUUUGGAUGCGAUUGCCAACAUGCAAACGAAUCCCGAUUAUGCAAAACUCUUUCGUGGUCGUCCGCUGCGCUUUGUGCUGCCUUUGGGAGCUGCGCCCAGCAAGCGGCGAUUGGUGAAGUCGAUGUCGUUGGUGGGCUUAGCUGGUGUUGCCACAAACUCGCCUGCCACACGCAUGCGACACUCUGCCUCGCAGUAUGCGGAUAUUAGCUACAUGGCCACUAACAGCAAGCAAGAGCAGCAGCACGAGGAACAGCAAACUGGCAUCAAUUUAGUCAGCUUAGCGGGCAGCCAAGCGGAAGCGUUUCAGACACCAACUGGUAUCUUUUUGCGUCCGGAGAUGCUUUGUGAUUGGGGCUGCGAGACGCCGCGCAUUUAUUACGAGCGUCACAUGGGCAAAAGCUAUCGCUACUUUUACGCCAUCAGCUCCGAUGUGGAUGCACACAAUCCAGGCACACUCAUCAAGGUGGAUGUUCAGGAGAAGACCUGCAAGACUUGGUGUGAACCCAAUGUCUAUCCCAGUGAGCCAAUUUUUGUGCCUUCCCCGGAGCCGCAGAGCGAGGACGAUGGCGUCAUCUUGGCCUCGAUGGUGGUGGGUGGACUCAACGAUCGCUAUGUGGGUCUGAUUGUGCUCUGUGCCAAGACCAUGACGGAGCUGGGACGCUGCGAUUUUCACACCAAUGGCCCGGUGCCGAAAUGUUUGCAUGGUUGGUUUGCAGCCAACACAGUUUAG